AUGCCCCCGAACUCGACGCCGCAGCGCCGCGCGCAGCUGCAGCAGCACCACCACCGCCCCGUCACCGCCGGCGGCAGGAGCCAGGAGGCGGCCAUGUCGGCGGUGGCGUCCGACGAGGAGGCGUUCCAGGAGGUGGACCCGACGGGGCGGUUCGGGCGGUACGCGGCCGUGCUGGGGCUCGGCUCCGUCAAGAAGGUGUACCGCGGCUUCGACCAGGAGGAGGGCAUCGAGGUGGCGUGGAACCGGGUGCGCCUGCGCGCGCUGGCGGAGCGCGACCCCUCCAUGGUCGACCGCCUCCACGCCGAGGUGCGCCUCCUCCGCUCCCUCCACCACGACCACAUCAUCGGCUUCCACAAGGUCUGGCUCGACCGCGACGCCGGCGUCCUCAACUUCAUCACCGAGGUCUGCAAUUCCGGGAGCCUCCGCGACUACCGCGACCGGCACAAGCACGUCUCCCUCAAGGCGCUCAAGAAGUGGGCGCGCCAGAUCCUCGAGGGCCUCGACCACCUCCACACCCACGACCCCUGCAUCAUCCACCGCGACCUCAACUGCAGCAACGUCUUCAUCAACGGCAACACCGGCCAGGUGAAGAUCGGCGACCUCGGGCUGGCGGCGAUCGUGGACAAGGACCACACGGCGCACACGAUCCUGGGCACGCCCGAGUUCAUGGCGCCGGAGCUCUACUCGGAGACGUACACGGAGUCGGUGGACAUCUACGCGUACGGGAUGUGCGUGCUGGAGAUGGUGACGCGGGAGAUGCCCUACGGCGAGUGCGAGAGCGUGGUGCAGAUCUACCACAGCGUCACCAACGGCGUGCCGCCCGCCGCGCUCCGGCGCCUCAGGGACCCGGAGAUGCGGGCCUUCAUCCAGCGCUGCAUCGGCAAGCCGCGGAACCGCCCCUCCGCCGCCGACCUCCUGCGGGACCCUUUCUUCCACGGUAUCGACGACGACACCACCGGCACGCUCAGCUAG